AUGGUCGAGCUUUCCGCUGGCGGGAGCGUUGCUCUGGGUGUCUUUGUCGGAUUGCUGUCGACUAGCAUCCAGAGCGUCGGCUUGACCCUGCAGCGUAAGUCCCAUCUGCUCGAGGAGGAGAAGGAAGAGCACCAUGUCCGCCGCCCGCCCUACAGGCGCCGCCGGUGGCAGCUGGGCAUGCUCAUGUUCAUAAUCGCGAACCUGGUUGGCAGCACGAUUCAGAUCACCACCCUUCCGCUGCCCGUGCUGUCGACGCUGCAAGCUUCCGGCCUGGUCUUCAACUCGAUAUGCGCGAGCCUCAUUCUGAGUGAACCCUUCACCAAAUUCUCCCUUUUUGGCACAAUCCUUGUCGCAGGUGGCGCUGUCCUGAUUGGUAUCUUCGGCGCCCUGACGGAACCUUCUCAUACUCUCGACCAACUCCUCGCCCUCCUCUCACGCGCCGAGUUCCUCGUCUGGCUCUUCGCCACCUUUUUCAUUACCAUACUCUUUUUCAUUGCACAAUGGUUCCUGAAACGGCUAUUUCACCGCCCUUCGCCCCUAGUGCGCCUCCUGCGGGGGAUGUCUUUUGGCGCUAUGAGCGGCAUUCUGUCCGCCCACUCCCUCCUGGUUGCCAAGUCUGCCGUCGAGUUACUGGUCCGGACUAUCGUCGACAGGCACAAUCAGUUCAACCGCUGGCAGUCUUGGGUCAUCCUCCUCGGACUCGUGGCCUUGGCGCUUUCGCAGCUUUACUUUCUGCACCGAGGCCUCAAGCUUACUUCCACUAGCGUUCUUUACCCUUUCGUUUUCUGCAUCUACAACAUUAUCGCCAUCUUGGACGGCCUCAUCUACUUCCGCCAGGCCUCGCGCUUGCCCGUGCGCGCCGCCGUCCUGAUCGCCGUCGGCGUUGUUAUCUUGCUGGGAGGUGUAGCUGCGCUCAGCUGGCGCUUGGAGGACAAGGACCCGGUGGCCGCCAGUCACCAAAGAAAGGCAUCUCGGAAUUCCUUUUCUGGCGUGCCGCCCCCUCGCACUGCUCUUACUCCUGGUCUGGGCUUUAUCGACGCAGGAGGCUCCGACUCUGAUGAUGAGCAAUCCCCCUAUUCGGGCCCCACCCACUACGACGAAGAAGCGCCGCUAGGCAUUUCGAGUGCAAACAAGACACGCAAGAGCAGUCAUGCGGCUGGUGUCGCGUCGGACGAGCAGACGCCGUUGUUGGCCCGCACGAAUACAGCCCCAUUCAGAAGCGGAAAUGCAGGCACUUUCAGUCAGGGAAGAACGGGUCGACCGCGACCAGCAAGUCUAGGCAAGAUACGUCGCAUGACGAUUUCGGAAGAGGCAGGGGAGAUUUGGGAUGAGUUGAACGAUCGGACCAGCCCUGGUGGUCUGAACUCUCCGCUCGAAAGCAGAGGGCGUGGAAGAGUUGGAGCGCACGCACGGGCAAGGUCAGGGACGCUGCCGAUUCUUCGCGAGAGCCGGAAGAACUCGUGGUGGGACAGCUUUGGAGGUGGAAAGAAACCCGAGGUGGCGCCCGCUCCGAGAUCAAGAUCGGGGCCAGGCGCGAGUGACCACGAGGACGACGACCCUGCGGUGACGCUUUUGAGCCCCAGCCCGGAACGGAAUCCCAGUUGGUUCCGCACCAUACGUCUGCCCCGGACGAGAAGCAAUCCAGACAGGCGGGGCAACAGGGGGCCGUUUAGGAUGAGCUGGUGGAGCAGGAAUUCUCAGAAAGAUGAUACCCAGGACGAAUCGGAGAGGCGGGAUGGAGACGGCGAUGGUGGCAGGGACGGUCGCUGA